GUCAAAUAGAGCUCUUAUAAUAUGUUACUUUGACUUCAUUCUGACACGAUGUGUAAUUACAACACCUUAUAAAACAACCCGCUGGAAUGGAAGAUGACAAGGCAACAGAUAAAGAAUUCGGGGAAACUGCUGAAAAAGACGUGUAUGCCGAAAAAUGAUGUCACAGAAGAACAAGUUGGGCAAAUAGAGCAGGGGAAGUUCUUAGAGGAGAAAAACGUGAUGUGUUACAUCGCUUGCAUCUAUAGCACAAGCCAAGCAGUAAAGAACAACAAGAUCAAUCAUGACGCGAUGAUCAAACAAGUGGACAUGAUGUUUCCAGCUGAGAUGAAGGACGGUGUGAAAGCGGUCAUAGAACAAUGCAAGGGCGUUGGUAAAAAGUACAAAGACAUAUGCGAAGCUUCAUUCUGGACAGCCAAAUGCAUGUACGAAGCUGAUCCAGCUAACUUUGUAUUUCCAUGAUUCGUCAUUUGAAAUUCAUAUUCCAAUUUGAAUGUACUUAUAUAAUACAUUAUUUAUAUUUGAGGGACUAAUAUACACUUGAUGAUUUUA